AUGGUCCGCAUAGCAGCUUUCGAGGUGGAGCAGUGGAUGGACGAGUACGAGACUACUCCCGGCUGCCUCAACAUCGCCGAGACCUGCGCCGCCUCCGUUUCUGUUGAAGAGCUCAUCGGACUCUCGGAAGAUAAGGGCGCGCCCGGCCCUGUCGACUUUUCCACCAAGCUCGUCUACGGCCCCAUCCGCGGCUCCGUCCCGCUCCGCCGGAGGGUCGCCGCGCUCUGCAGCAGCGACGGCUCGGGCGACUUCACGUCACCCGGCGCGCUCGGCGAAGACGACGUGCUCAUCACGCAGGGCGCCAUCGGCGCUAACUUCUUGCUGCUGUAUACUCUCGUCAACCCGGGCGACCAUGUCAUUUGCGUAUAUCCCACUUACCAGCAGCUCUACGGCGUUCCUCAGAGCCUCGGCGCGGAUGUCUCGCUGUGGAAGCUGAAGAAGGAAAACGGGUUCGUGCCGGAUGUUGGUGAACUCGAUGGCCUCGCCAAACCCAACACAAAGAUGAUCAUCAUCAACAACCCAAACAAUCCCACCGGCGCACCGAUCCCCAAGCCCGUCCUCAGUUCCAUCAUCGCCUUCGCGAAAGCCCGGGGCAUCAUAGUCUUCUCGGACGAAGUCUAUCGACCCCUUUUCCAUGACUUGUUUGACGGCGCCGCACACAACGUCCCGCCCCCCAUCACUGCCUUUGGCUACGACAAGGUCGUCAUCACGGGAUCCAUGUCCAAAUCCUACGCCCUCGCCGGCAUCCGCAUCGGCUGGGUCGCCUCGCGGGACAAGGGCAUCAUCCAGGCCGUCGCCUCGGCGCGGGACUACACCACCAUCAGCGUCUCGCAGAUCGACGACCAGAUCGCGUCGUACGCGCUGUCGGAGCCCGUCUGGGGACCAUUGCUGAGGCGCAACGUCGCACUGGCCAACACGAACAAGGCUCUGCUCGAGGCCUUCAUCGACAGGUACAAGGGCGUUUGCUCGUGGGUGAAGCCCAAGGCCGGCACGACCGCGUUUGUGCAGUUCACUCGCAAGGGCGAGCCGGUCGAUGACGCGCGCUUCUGCCUGGACGUGCUGGACAAGACCAAGGUCUUUUUCGUCCCGGGGUCCAAGUGCUUUGGUCAUGGGAAGGACUUCGCGGGCUACGUGAGGAUCAGGUACGUCUGCCAUACCGAAGUGCUCAGGGAGGCUCUGGAGAAACUCGGAGCCUACUUGGACAGUCAUUUUCCGUAG